UGACUUGACAUAAUGGUUUCAGAGGUUAGGUCGUAUUUUUACUAAAACUGAUAAUUUGAGAUUUACCUAAUUAAUUACUAAGUAGAUAUUGAGAAUUAUUUAAUUCUGGAAACGUUUGAAGCAAAUGAUUGAAUCUUUGCGUCAAAAAUAGUGAAGACGUCAUCAUGGCUAAUACUUUACUAACGAAGUUCAGCGCUAUGCGAUUGGUUCCAACUGUAAUCGGCAAGCAAUCAGUACGGACAACAACAUCCAAGCAUUGGAACCCUAAAUUCAAAAAAUUGAGAGCUCAGAAGUAUAUGAAGAUUAAUUUACCAAACAUGAAUGAAGACUUCAGUUCCUUAUCUAAAGAAAGGCUUAGGCAGAAAAUGAAGGAACGCGGAGUGAUGCCCCCACGGCCGUGGAUGGAUCGACCAUUCUAUAUAUCAGCAACAGGUGGUGUGUUUGAGGCCUAUGUACCUCCAGAAGGGGAUGGCAAAGCCUCCAUUGUCUCUCCAACUCGAGCCAAGCAAGCUGCAGAGCUUCUACAAAAGAAAUCUAAGUCAAUGAUGGCAAUCCGUAAAAUCAAAUCGUUUGAUGAGGACUUUGACUCCACAGAGUUUGCGCGUUUGGCUCAGGACAUUUAUGUUAAAGCUCAUGAAAGUUUGGUGAAUGACGAUAAGCUUACGUUGAGGCAAUGUGUGACGGAGAAGGCGUAUCCAGAGUUCAGACAUAAUGCCCACAUGAAGACAAUUCGCUGGAAGUUUCUGGAGUCCCUGGAGCCUCCGAGGGUUGUACAUGCGAGGUGCACUGAUAUUGUGACAAAGGAUAAUAUUUUUGGACAGGUAACUGUCAGAUUCCACACGCGCCAACAAUUGUCAGUCUAUGAUCGCUUCGGCCGCCUCAUUCACGGCAGUGAUAUUUUAGCCAAGGAUGUUUUAGAAUACAUAGUGUUUGAGAAACACCUCUCAAAUCUAUACGGCACUUGGCGUAUCCACGAGAAGAUCAUACCUGACUGGACGCCACCUAAGGAACCCUCUAAGUUAACAAGGGUUGCGCCUGCGCCGGUUGUAGAGUCGAAGGAAAUAGUUGAGGCAAACGUGGAUCAAAAGACAGCUGUAGCGGAAUGAAUGUAAUAUAUUUAAUGUAAUAUAAUAGUUUAUAGUGUU